AUGAAGGUGUCUUCCUUCAUCUCACAGUUAAGGCCAGGGUGGUUUCACCUCACCGUACACGCCAAACCAGGCGCAAGGAGUUCAUCCUUGGCAUCUAAACCUGCCGUAACGGAUGCAGCACUUGAGGUCCGCGUCGGAGCACCACCCACAGAAGGAAAAGCCAACGUUGAACUCAUCCACUUCAUGCAGAUGAUCCUUGAGCAAGAACUGACGCGGUUGCGCACGGUGCAGCAGCACACACUGAAGGAAGGCAAUGUGGAGACGAUGAACUGCCCUCAUGAGGGCCUUUCAAAAGGGGGCCGGAAGAAAACGAACAUCAAAGCGAAGAAAAAAAAUUCAGACGCAAAGACGGAAUGCCCUUUAAAGCUUCCAGACAAAGUACGGGUGUCAAUUGUGGGUGGGGCAACUGCUCGACAUAAGACGCUAGAGGUGGCGUUCCCAGGGACGGAAGAGGAACUAAUCAGUGUGUUAACCUCUGCGUUCAUGUCUUAA